AUGUCCUCACCCCUAAUAGCGCAUCGUCCUGGCUCUCAGUCCUCAAACUCCAACGCAGAAGACCACGAUAUCGCCGAAGAAGAUGCCCUCCUAACCGGCCAUCGCACUUCCAAACAAUCACCCAGGAGCUCUUCAUUUUUCGACCGCAGCAAAUGGCGAGAAAUAGGUCUCUUCGUCUGGGCGCUGCUCGCAACAACCGCCGUGGUGGUCCUAGCAGUCGUAUACCAACACAGCCGCGCUUCGAACAAUGGUAGUGAUGGCACUUCACCACCCUCGGGCAAGAAGAACCUCAUAUUCAUGGUCAGCGACGGCAUGGGACCUACUUCCCUGUCGCUCACUCGCAGCUGGCGCCAAUACACCGAAGGUCUGCCCUGGGACGAGACUCUCAUCCUCGACGAGCACCUCAUAGGCCAGUCGCGGACACGAUCUACCAGCUCGCUUGUCACUGACUCUGCGGCCGGCGCUACGGCGUUCUCGUGCGGCAUGAAGAGCUACAAUGGUGCUAUCUCGGUGCUGCCCAACUUCGAGCCAUGCGGGAGUGUCAUGGAGGCAGCGAAGAGGAGAGGAUAUACCACUGGUCUGGUCGUCACAACUAGAAUCACGGACGCCACGCCGGCGGUCUUCGCUUCCCACGCCCGUAGAAGGGAGAUGCAGGACGAUAUCGCUAGGCAAAUGGUCGGAGAGAAGCAUCCGCUGGGCAGGAUGGUGGAUUUGAUGAUGGGAGGUGGACGGUGUCAUUUCUUGCCGAACAGCAGCAUGAGUGGUUGCAGACAUGAUGACGUGGAUGUUGUCAAGAUUGCGAAGAAGGAGGGCUGGGACUACAUCGAAUCGAAGAAGGAGUUUGAACAUCUUGGGACGAGUGUCAAUAUGCCGUUCUUGGGGCUGUUUGCGGAGCAUGAUAUUCCUUACGAAAUUGACCGCCGGGAGAUGGACGAUGCAUACCCGUCGCUUGAGGCUAUGACGAAGAAGGCGCUGCAGCUGCUCGCCGCGGAGACGAAGGAUAAGGAGGAGGGGUUCUUCGUCAUGAUCGAGGGCUCACGCAUCGAUCACGCCGGUCACGCCAACGACCCUGCUGCUCAAGUUCACGAAGUGCUCGCCUAUGACCGCGCCAUGGCUGCCGUGCUGGACUUCAUCAAGGACGAGGAGACGCCGACACUUAUGGUUGCCACCUCAGACCACGAAACCGGCGGUCUCGCCACAGCACGGCAGCUGCAUAGAGAGUACCCACAUUAUCUUUGGCACCCCAGCGUCCUAGCCAAUGUCAGCCAUUCCGCCGCUUUCACCGCGCACGAAUACCACAAGCACUUGGACGAGCACAAGCACGCCGAGCAUGACUCAUCCUCAAGUGAAGACACCCGCGCCUGGCUCGCUCAGCUCUCCUCGAAAGCCCUCGGCAUCCACGAUUGCAGCGAGGAGGAAAUUGACACUCUGCUCGAAGACCCCGUCCUCGCCGCCUGGACGUUCGCAGACAUGGUAUCUCGCCGCUCGCAGACCGGCUGGUCCACGCACGGCCACAGCGGCGCAGACGUGAAUAUCUACUCCUCUAACCCUUUGCUUGCCAAAGCUUUGGUAGGCAACCACGAGAACACGGACGUCGGAGCUUUCCUACGACACUACCUCGACCUAGACGAAGAAGUGAAGACCGUGACGAAGAAUUUGCGGGAGCAUAUGCACAGUAUCGGCGCGGAGACGUAUCUGGGCCGCAUACCGGAUGAUGAGGAGCGGCUCGACGGACAAGAUCAUCUGGACCGGUAUGCGGGCGACCACAAGAAGAGGGGUGGAUGCGAAGUUUGUGGGCUUUAG